AUGCUGCCUCCUUGUCUGCCACGUGUCUUUGACAUUGACUACAAACUGCCAGGGGCGGCAGUAGAGGAAACCAACAAGUGUCCAGUUGCCAGUGAAACAACCAAUGAUGUGUCCACUCACCUCAAAGAGGACAUGGCAGCUGAUCAAAGCCCUCCUGACCCUGCAGCACUGCCUCCAAGCUCGCCAUGUAUCCGUGACUCUGACCACAAACUGACCAAAGAGGAAAGAGAAAAUGUACCCGAGUCCUCCCUUGCCACAGAGAUCACUGUAGGCACAUCCAUUGUCCAGGGAGAGGACCUGGAUAAAAGCCCUGCUCCAAGGCUGCCUCCAAGCUUGUCACACGUUUUGGACAAUGACCAUAAGCAGCCAGAGGAGACGAUAGAGGGCACCACUGAGUGCUCAGUUGCCGCAGAGGCAUCAGUUGCUAAUAGAGUGGAUCCAUCAGCAGCUACAGGUCUUCCCUCAGUGCUGCCUUCAAGCCUAAAACGUGUCUUUGACAAUGACUACAAAUGGCCAGAGGAGGCAGUAGAGGGCACCAGCAAAUGUCCAGUUGCCAGUGAAGCAGCCGCUUCCGUGUCCACUGUCCUCCAAGAGGAGUUUUUGGCUGAUAAAAGUCCUCCUGCACCCACAGCACUGUCUCUAAGGCUGCCCUGCACCCACAACAUUGACCACAAACAGCCAGAGGAGAUCGUUGAAAACACCACAGAGUGCUCAGUUGACAUAGAGGCAUGUGCAGUUGCAUCCACUGUCAAGAGAGAGGAACUGAUGGGUGAUAAAAGCCCUAUCCAUGCACUUCCUCCAAGCCUGGCAUGCAUCCAUGACAAGGACCACAAGCAACCAGAUCAGAAAGGGAGGGGCACUACUGAGGAGGUGGAGAUCUGCCCUCAUGCUCACCAGCUGGUCCCAGAUGCUAAAUUAACUCUGGCAACCUGCAAUGAUGAGCCGCCCACCCCUCUGAUCAGCGUGGUCACUAAGAUGCCUGUUAGAGUUGGAGCCUCCAUAUGCAGUUCAGAGGAUGAGGAACCCAGGCCCUGGACCCUGGAAGAGGAAAAGGAUUAUUGGAUAGGCAUUGAAAUUGAGAGUGAAGAGAGGAGCGUCACUGAGGAGGUGAGCCCGAGGGAGGGAUUGAAGAGUGAGGCGGACUGUGCCCAUUCCAAGUGCUCCAAUGGGAUGGUUUCAUCAGAGAGAGCAGAGUCCAUCCUGGGAAGAGUGGGCUUUCUGCUCAUGAACCACAUGCAGAAAAUCCAGUUUUUGAAGAUGGAGGAAAAAGAGAAAAAUAAGACACUGAAUAAGAAGUUGAAAUAUGAAGAGAGAAAGGAGAUGAAAGACAAGGAGGAGGAGCAAAAAAAGAGGAAGAAAGAGAUGAAGGAGAGAGAGAAAGAGCAGAAGAAAGUCUUGAAGGCUGAGAAGAAGAGGGAGAAGGAAAGAAAAGAGAAGGAAAAGGCAGAGAAAAAGAGGUUAGAGGGGCUGAUGAAGAUACAUAAUGACAUGAUGAAAGACAGGAUUAAGAAAGAGAAGAAGUGUUCUGAGGAGCUAAAAAAGAGAGAGAAAGCUCAAGCUGAAUUCUUGGAGAUGGAGAGAAAGAUUCAAGAAAAGGAGGAGAAGAAGAGAGAAAAGAUGAGGAGAGAGGAGAGGAAGAGACUAGAGAAGAAGAAAGAGGGAGCCAGCUGGAGGUGGAACUGAGACGGUGAUAGAAGAGCAGGGAAGGGAUGAAAGCUUGAAGAUGGAUGAGUA